GAUACCACCGUGAAUCUUUAACGUUUUCAUUUCCAGGGAAACUAUAGCUGCUUGCUGCCCUAUACCAGCAACAUGGCGAGUGAUACUAGAGCGAAUCGUGAAAAGAUUGAGUUAGAUAAUUUGUUGGCCCCGCCCGGAGGGGUAGCGGGGGAGGAGAACGGGACAGCCCAGGAGGGCGAAGUCCGUGAUGGGAGGGAGUCUCUAGCCCUGCCCAGCCCCGCUACCUCCUACGGGAGUACCAUGAGUAUAGGACCGGGAGCUUCCACUGCUAACCUGUUGAAGAUAGAUCUGGAAAAGCAGAUUUCCCGCCACACGGGCGAGGAGCGGGAGACAUGGGACAGUCGAGCUGAGUUUAUCCUUUCGCUUGUCGGCUAUGCUGUGGGGCUGGGCAACGUUUGGAGGUUUCCCUACCUCACGCAGAAAAACGGUGGAGGUGCUUUCCUCAUUCCGUACGCAGUGAUGUUGGUAAUUGAGGGUAUCCCUUUGUUCUACCUCGAGCUUGCCAUUGGUCAGCGCCUCCGGAAGGGGGCAGUCGGGGCAUGGAAUCAAGUCUCGCCAUUUCUGCAGGGUCUGGGGCUGGCCUCCGCUGGAGUGUCCAUUAACCUAGCCCUGUAUUACAACACCAUCAUGGCGUGGUGCUGUAUUUACCUUGUACAGAGUUUCCAAAGCCCCCUCCCCUGGUCAGUUUGUCCCACCAUAACAGAAGGCAACGUCACCAUUUUAGAACCGGAGUGCCAGAAAAGUGGCUCCACCUCCUAUUUUUGGUACAGACAAACCUUAGACAUAGCACCUUCAAUAGAAUCGCCUAGUGUUAUCAACUGGAAGCUGGUCGUGUCAUUAUUCGUGUGCUGGCUCAUUGUGUACCUGUGUCUCAUCAAAGGAAUAAAGUCAUCAGGAAAGGUGGUGUAUGUCACAGCUACAUUCCCAUAUUUGGUGCUCGUCAUAUUUUUCUUCAGGGGUAUCACCCUGCGUGGAUUUGAGCGAGGGUUGUGGCACCUGUUUGUUCCGGAGUGGAAGUCUCUUAUUGAUCCAAAGGUGUGGCUGGACGCUGCCACUCAAAUAUUUUACUCAUUUGGUCUGGCAUUUGGCUGUUUGAUCGCUCUUUCCUCCUAUAACCCCGUCAGGAACAAUUUCGCAAAGGAGGCCUUCUUUGUCACUAUCUGUGAUUUCUUCACUUCCAUUUUCACUGCCACAGUCGUUUUUUCCAUACUCGGAUUCAAGGCCACUAUUGCAUACGAGGAAUGUCUCGAAAAGUACGGAAAUGGAACUGACGUCAUCACGAACGGACAUUCACAUGUCAACCACACCUGUGACUUUAAAACCAUACUUAUAGAGUCGGGUUCCGGAACCGGUCUGGCGUUUAUAGCAUUCACAGAGGCAAUCAAUCAGUUCCCAGUGGCACAGCUUUGGUCCAUCCUCUUCUUCCUUAUGCUUUUCACACUCGGCCUAGACAGCAUGUUCGGUACGCUAGAGGGCGCUCUCACCUCCAUCAACGAUAUGAUGCUGUUCCCAGGGGUUCGCAGGGAAAUUAUAUGCGGUGUGGUAUGCCUAAUGUCGUUCAUCAUUGCCCUGUGUUUCUCCACGUCAACUGGUUCAUAUGUAUUUUUCCUGUUCGACUCCUUCUCUGCCAACAUUCCAUUACUUAUCAUCGCCUUUACUGAGUGUAUAGCCGUCUCCCAUAUAUACGGCUUAGACCAAUUGUCAUAUGAUAUUGAGAUGAUGAUUGGUAAACGGCCGAGCUACUUCUUCUUAAUAUGCUGGAAGUUUAUAGGACCUUUAGCCAUGAUUGUUAUAUUCCUUGCCAGCAUCAUAGAGAUGUUCAACGACGGUUUGUCCUACGACAUAUGGGAUGCAGCAAAGGGUUACACAGUGACAGUCCCAUUGCCAUGGUGGUGUCUGGUUAUCGCCUUUUUGCUGGUGAUGUCUUCCGUGAUAUGGAUUCCAUUAGUUGCCGUUGUAAAGUACUUCAACAUUAUAAAUUGGAAACCGGAAGUACCAGCUUUCUUCCCAGAAGAGGAACUAGUAGAAGAAAAAAAUAUUAAGACUCACGUUACCACGACUUUCGAGAAACAUGUUCUAGGUUUUAAGCAAUAACCAAUGUUAAGUUCACGGCAACUAGUGACAGAAAACGCAAAGCAACAGUGAAUCUUACAGGGCCGGGGCGGGACACACACCAUGGUAACAGAUGGAUCAAAAUCAGGGGAGAUAAGCCAUGUAACACACUGCACUAUUUAACUCGUAUCAUAUUAGUGCCGGCAUGAUUGUAUAACUAUAGCCAGAAGUCACAUGCCCGUGGCUUAAAAGUAAUAUGUGAAAUGAUAAAAAUAGAUUAUAAAGAUCUAGAAUGAGUAUCCAGAAUUAAUUCUGUGAUGUAAAUGCAAAUCUGAGGCUAGGAAACAGUGCAUCGCGGAGAAAUAUAACAAAGAAACAUAUUUUUGAAUUUGUCAAGCAGGACAGAUUUACCAAUGAAGUGUGUGCUAGUUGUAUUAUAUCAUGUGUUUAGACAUGUCGGGGAACAAACCAAUUACAUAUCAAACCAGCUUGGUUUGCAUUCGACAGACAUCAGUUGGGAACGGUUGACAAUUAAAUAGGCAGGUAUCAGGUAUGGACGGCUGUCAGGAAACGGCCAUAUAUCAAGUAUGAGCGAUGACCUAGGCGUUGUAUUCGGACUGGUAAGGAUAAGGAUUAUAGCAAAAGAAAGUUUUAUAAAAACACAAAAACCGAUAAUUACCGACGGCAGGGAAAUGUAUCACUAAAUACAAAAUAUUCCGUCUUUGCGUAUUGCAGAGUUAUCUUCUCCUGAG